AUGGAAGCACAGCGAAUUCGAGACGGCGUCAAGGCAAUGCAUGACGGCGAUAAGGCCUCUUCAAAAGGUCUUUUCCGCAAACCAGACUGGGACAUUGCUUCGGGAUGUUACGACCAAGCAGCCACCUGCUUCAAACUUGCAAAGUCUUAUGACCAAGCUGUCCAAGCGUACAUGAAAGCGUCCGAGGCGUUCUUUAAGGCUGAUGCCACGCAUCUUGCAGGAAAGGCCCUGGAAAGUGGAGCAUUGAUUGUCGCCCAAAACAUGAAUCAACCCCAACGAGCAGCUGAAAUGUAUCAACGUGCCAGUGAUUUAUUUAUGACGGCAGGAAGCAUUGAUCGCGCUGCUGAACAAUUACAAAAGGCUGGCAGAGCAUUGGAAAAUACGGAUGUCAAUGCUGCAAUCGAAAUGUACAGCGCAGCUUGUGGACUUUAUGAACAAGAGGAUCGAGGACGUAUGGCGAUUGAUAUCUUCAAAAAGGCUAUUUCUUUGCUUAUCCAAAGCAAAAAAUACGAAAAGGCAGUGGACAUGUUGCAUCGACAAUUGGCGGUGCUUCGCAAGCUUACAAAUCGCUCACAUGUAUGCAAGGCCAAUUUGAGUGUUAUGAUCGUGCUCUUUGCAAUUGGUGAUGAAGUGGAAGCAGGAAAGCAGUUCAAUAUGAUGUGCAAUACCGAUCCUGGAUUUGCUCAAAGUGAAGAAGCUGAUAUUGGACAAGCCUUAUUGCAAGCCUAUGAAGAGGGAGAUCAAGAGUUACUUGAGCAGACAGUGCGAAGACAACACAUUUCGUUCCUUGAUAAUGAGGUGGCUAAACUAUCCCGAACAUUGACCGUCCCCGGUGAAAUGUUAUCCAGUGGUAUGGGUGCACCACCCUCAGUCACCAGCAGUACCAAUGCAAGUUACGCGUCUCGUCCUCCAAGUUCAAGACCUCCACGAGCAUCUCCAGCAGCAGGAGCAACACCUACAAGCGAUAUUCAUGCCAUGUCACCUGCUCAAGUGCGUGCCGAGUUGUAUAGUACACCAUCAUCCAAGAAGGCACCCCAACAGCCAACCACGACUCAUCCUCCACCUCCUCAACCUGCACCAGCUGCUGAAUAUCAACAACCCACUCCUCAAGAUCUCGAUGAGGAAUUUGCACGAUUGAACAUGGAUAAGCCUGUAAAUGAAAAGAAGCCACCAGCACCAGUAGUUGAUGAUGAUGAUUUCGAUGAUCUGCGUUAG